AGCAGAGGCGCAGAAAGGCAGCGAGCCGGGCUGGACGCACGCUCACUUCCGAGCAGGGGCAACACAGGAGCGCGGAGGCUGGGGGGGGGAUCCUUCAUUGGGUUUUUGUUUUCUCUUUCACGUGCAUGACCGACACCGCGGAGCCCUCACGGAGAAUACUAGCGAUGUGGACCGACAUCGGGAAACUCGUGCUGCUUCAUUUAUUACUCCUGGAGCUUCGCGUCGCUAAAGGAACUCUUACUGAGUCGGAGUGUGAAACAGGGCAGUUUCAGUGCAGCAACGGAAGAUGCAUCCCCAGCCUUUGGAGGUGUGAUGAUGAUGACGAUUGCUCAGACAACAGUGAUGAAGAGAACUGUCCAAAAAAGACCUGUGCCACCACAGACUUCACAUGCAAGAAUGGGCAGUGCCUCCCCUCGAAGUGGCGCUGUGACGGAGAACCGGAGUGCGCCGACGGUUCUGAUGAGGCUGAUGCAAUCUGCAGCCGACAGACUUGUCCCCCAGAGAAGUUUGAUUGUGGAGGGGCUGCCAGCAAAUGUGUUUCGUUGUCAUGGCGAUGCGACGGAGAGAGAGACUGUGAGAACGGAGCAGAUGAAGAGCAGUGUGCCGCAGAUGCCAAGGCCUGUGCCUCCAAAGAUUUUCAGUGCCGUAAUGGGAAGUGCAUAGGCCCGACCUUCGUCUGCGACGGCGACAACGACUGUGGCGACUCCAGCGACGAGGAGAAGUGCUCCUCCCCAACAUGCGGCCAGCAUGAGUUCCGCUGCAACAACUCGGAGUGCAUCCCUGCCCUGUGGAGCUGCGACGGCGACCCAGACUGCAAGGACAAGUCAGACGAGUCCGCCGAGCGCUGCAGCCGUGGGAAAGAGCCCCAGAAGCCCCGCUGCCCAGUUGGCGAGUUCCAGUGUGGGAGCGGGGAGUGUGUGCACAUGAACUGGAAGUGCGACGGCGAUGCAGACUGCAAAGACAAAUCAGACGAAGCUAACUGCCCGUUACUUACAUGCCGACCUGAUGAGUUCCAGUGUGGUGAUGGCACCUGCAUUCAUGGCACCAAACAGUGUAAUAAAGUUCACGACUGUCCAGACUACAGUGACGAGGCCGGCUGUGUCAACAUUACAAAAUGUGACGGGCCAAGGAAGUUUCGCUGUAAAAACGGGGAGUGCAUCGACAGCAGCAAGGUGUGUGACAAUGUGAAAGACUGCAAGGAUUGGUCCGAUGAACCACCGAAGGAGUGCGGUCUGAACGAGUGCGCAGACAACAAUGGUGGCUGCUCCCACAUCUGCAGGGACCGGAGAAUUGGUCAUGAAUGCGACUGUCCUUCAGGAUACAAACUGCUGGACAAAAAGACCUGUGGAGACAUAGAUGAGUGUGAGAAUCCAGACGCCUGCAGUCAAAUCUGCAUCAACUACAAAGGUGACUAUAAGUGCGAGUGCUACGAAGGCUACGAGAUGGACCCAGCCUCCAAGACCUGCAAAGCCGUGGGAAACAGUCCAUACCUGAUGUUCACCAACCGCCAUGAAAUCCGCCGCAUUGACCUGCUCAGGAGUGAGUACACGCAGGUCGUCCCCACUCUGAAGAACGCUGUGGCCCUGGAUGUGGACGUGUCCACCAACAAGAUGUUCUGGUGUGAUCUCUAUCACCGUAAAAUAUACAGUGCUUACAUCAACAAGGCCAGUGACUCUUCGCAGCAGGUGACUCUGAUUGACUCGCUGCACUCCCCUGAGGGUCUGGCCGUGGACUGGGUCCAUAAGAACAUUUACUGGACCGACUCAGGCAACAAGAGCAUCUCUGUCGCCACGGGAGACGGCAGGAAGAGGAAAGUGCUUAUAGCUACAGAGCUGAGCGAACCGCGCGCCAUCGCAGUGGAUCCACACCAAGGAUUUAUGUACUGGUCAGACUGGGGAGAGCAUGCAAAGAUCGAAAAAGCUGGGAUGAAUGGGGUGGACAGACAAGUUCUGGUGUCUGAUCACAUCGAGUGGCCCAAUGGAAUCACUCUAGAUUUGUCUAACAGGCGACUUUAUUGGGUGGACUCCAAGCUGCACCUGCUGUCCAGCGUGGAUCUGAGCGGCGGGAACCGUAAAGUGUUGCUGUCUUCCCAUCACCACCUAGGACACCCCUUCGCCCUCACCGUCUUUGAGGAUCGUGUCUUCUGGACCGACCUGGAGGAGGAGGCUAUUUACAGUGUAAACAGAUUAACUGGACAUGAUGUGGCGAAGGUGGCAGAAGACCUCAACAACCCUCUGGACCUGGUGGUGUUUCAUGAGCAGAGGCAGCCCAAAGCUCCCGAUACGUGCAAUAUGGGGAGCCUACCCAACGGGGGCUGUGAGUAUCUUUGUUUAAAAGCCCCCCAGAUCACAGACCACUCCCCCAAAUACACCUGUGCGUGUCCUGACGGCAUGGAGCUGGGACCUGACAUGAGACGCUGUGCUGUGGUUCGAUUGAGGACAACCACAACAGCAGCACCAACCACCACUACAACAACACCCAUCACAACCACUACCACAAGUACUACAACCACUAGCACCACGGUUCGCACCACAACCCCCUCCACCACAAGCACUACCACCACGCCUGUCAUAACCACACAAAGCUCCACAACCAGACAAGCGCUGCCUCAGACAACCAGACGCUUCACCACCACUGUGCACCCUUGGAGCCCCACUGCAACGAGUACAGAGAUGGCCGCCGCUGUCAGCCCCACGUCCACGCAGACGCCACCACUGGCCCCAGCAGCCCCUGACAGCAGUCAAAGAGAGGCCAACGCCAACCUCUCCCACAGAGCAGCAAGUGAUCACUACCUCAUAGGGAACAACAUCACAGUGGCUGUUUUGGGAAUUGUCAUUCCCAUCGUCCCUAUCCUUGCCACAGUGGUCAUUGGAUUGCUCUGCACCGGCGGAUACCUGGUUUGGAGGAACUGGCGGCGCAAGAACACCAAGAGCAUGAACUUCGACAACCCGGUUUACCGCAAAACCACGGAGGACGACGAUGAUGAGAUUCACAUCGGCCGCCACAGCGAGUCCAUCGGCCACGUCUACCCGCCUGUGAGUGGCAGCCACAGUCAGCCGUUUCUGGCUCUUCCUCUGGGGGGCAGCAUCUCAGACAGCAACUCUCACUGGUACUCGGGGGCCCCUAUGCUUUCCAGUGGCAAGUAAGAAGGAACAGGACAGAAAAGGGAAGAUGCACAAGUUCGGCCUGGUGGAGAGGGUAGAAACAGGCUUGCACACGCACACUUCCACAUGCUCACAUAUCUGUCUGACAUCACUGACAACAACACCUGUGAUCAGAUUUCAUUCACAUUCAGCAGCCGUACACACAUCUGUCACCACCAGCUCACUGUUGACGCCCCACCAUCCCAUCUACAUUGUGUUUUCAGUUCAGUCUGUUCGUCCUGAAAAAAAAAUCCAAACCACUUUAGCAUUUUAUGACAAAACAAUUUAUUCAAAAUGUAUUUUUUAAUCCAUCUGAGUCACCAGAUAAGCAUUGUGAGGUGUGUGAGAGAGGAAUUACUUUCUUGCUAAAAUAAAAAUCCCAACAGUUUUUUAUCUGGUAUUGAGGCUUAAAUAGUAACUGCUGUCUUCAUCUGAGAGAAUUGACAGACUAUAGUUCAGCAAAGCACAACAAGGAAGCACAAAUCAAGUCGAAGGACAAACCGCAUCUGCAAUUUUCCUGUUUUUCUAUCAGCUGCGGAAACCAUGACUGUUAAAAGAACGUCUUAAAUGUUCACGCUUCCCGGUACAAUUUGAACCUGCAUUGUUUAUGUAUGAAAAUGCAGCGAAAUCUCUCGAAAUGUGUGUUUUAUGUAAAAAUACAAGGCAUCCAAAAAGGUUUUAUCAAAGGGAGGAGGGAGUCUUGUGCUUUGAUCGGUUGGCAUGGUAGCUCAGAUUCCUUUGUGGGACUGAAUAGUGAGAAGGGGGGGUGAAAAAAAGCAAAGAAUUCUGGGUAUUGCUGGCACAAUGACAGGCUAAAAGCACACACACAUGAAGCAGGUGCACGAUUAAGAUUCAAGGUCGAAGGAACAAGCAGCUUUAGAGAAGGACGGGAAAGAGACUGUUUUUUUUCUCGUGUUUUCCAGACUACCUACUUUAUUUCCCCCACCUUUGCUCUCGACUUCUCGUCUCUUUAACGCCUCGUGUUAUUUUGUGGAGGGGGUCACUCUGGCAGCCACAAAUAGAAGUCAUGCUGGUGUUUUUUUGGGUCACAUAUUUGCAGUUGUAAGCAACCUGCAGACCUCACACAAUGAAGGAAGGAGGGGAGAACUGAAGAGAGACAUUGAAGGAAGGUCAGGGAGAGGAGGGACACCUGAACAGUCCCAAGGAGAGGAAAAAUAAAGCCUUAGCUGCUAUUUGUCUUCUUUCUGCUCCUAUCCUUUUCACUUGAUGCCCCUCCUCUCUCCCCUGUGGUAACCGUGUUUUUAUCUGCUGUUUGCAGCGCGUGGCUCUCAGUCUGGAGGACGAUGGGUAUCCCUGAUGUGUGGGGGGAAGGGUUUUGUGCCCCCCCCCCCCCCCCUUCCUACCUGACCCGUCUUCCCACCACAACCUCCACACCUGUACACAGAGACCAGUAUAACAGAGGAGGCGAGCCCUCACUCUGCCUCCACUUUUAAAGAGCACAGAUGGCAUCUCUUAGUUCUUACCCAGAAGUGUCAACAUUACCAUUACUAGCAAUUCUUACUACUACUACUACUACUACUACUACCAUUAGUGCUGGAUUACUAUCCUCUGCCACUGUCCUUCCUCUACCUUUUCUUAACUGUAGUGGUGUUCAGACAGGAUGAUGGCUCAUUCUGCUGUCUGUGAAUGGAAAGGCUGCUGUGGGGGUGGGCUUUAGAUUUUUCCGUUUUCGGGUAUUUAGUCAACGUGUAACUUCUCAGCAGGUCAGUUUCCGUCUUAUUUUAGAAAAGAGAAGCUUUUAUCCUUUUCCAGACCCUCAGAUUCGCCCUCUGACACACUGGGAAGCUAAUUCUAGCCAAGAGAAAAGAAGAAUAAAAAGUGUAGGGCUUGUAUGUUUGUUUGUUUUGUUUUUUUUGGAGGUAAGUUUGAGAUAAAAAUGAGAGUUGAGCCAUUUUUUUUUUUUGUUUGUUUUAUUAAGGGUGUUUGAAGGCAAAACCUACCAAGGCAGAAAUAGCAAUGAAUUGUGAGUAAGUCCUUCUUAUGUCAAAAAGUAAAGAAUUUGUGGGAGAAAUUAAAUUUAAAUGAAGACAGAGACAGGUAUCACCUGCAGACUUCAGCUCUGCUGCUAAAGUUUUGGAAUUACAAGCUGCUGAACAGAAGCGUUUCCUUUUUUCCCCUCACUCAGACAGUGACAUAAAUAUUGAUGGGUUUAAAACAGCUGCCAGAGGGGAGCUUAAACCCUACCUAAAGUAUUUAUACUCCAAAUCGAUUGCUCUUCUCUCAAUUUGACAUGAUUGACAGAUUUCAUCGUUAGCUGUUGCACAGUGCAGACAUUAGCGGCCUGCUUGCUGUGGCUUCACGGGCUUCGGGUGCUCGUUUGAAGGUGCAACCGGGUGAAAUGAUGCAAAAGAAAAACACUCGGAUUCGGAGGAAGGCGCUCUCGCUGCUGUCACUGAGGGUCCGUCUUGCUUUUGAGUGGCACUAUUUGGUUCGAGCAGAUGAGUAAUUCUCCAGGGUUGACUGAACCCAGCGCUGAUUUGAUUUCAAAGCUGGGGAGGAAGUGUGUGAGCCAGAGCUGACUUGAUUCUGAUAUGCUUCCAGCUCGGAUGGGAUUUAUGCCCCACUGAAAAUCAUGAUAACUGUUCAUAUUGUGGCUUGAGGAUGUUAUAAACGGUAACAUUAUUAACAAAUCUGUACUUCAGACUGGAUUUUAUCCAUAAUUGGCCUUUUUGAUGUCUCCAAGCACUUAUAUUGCAUGAAAUAUGCAAGGUACAAAGCAGCAAUUGAUCGUAGAUUCAGCUUGUUUUCUUUAGUCUUCCACUCUUAUAAAACAGUGUUCAGUUUGUUUUUCCAAAACAGAAUGAAUGAACCGUCUUCCUGUUCCUCAACUGUUGGUUAACUUUUAGCCGUCUGGCUGUUUCUACUCUGAUAUGUGAGAUCAGGAUGCAGACUGAAGCUGUGGAGUGACUCUACACCACAUAGGAGUCUGUUGGGUAUUUUUUGUGUCAGACAAUUCGCUUUUUUUGAGGCCAGACUGCAGUCCAACAUCUCAUUUGCAGCUACAUCUAACCCAAAGAUGAUCAGUUAGGCUUCCUUUAUUCUUCUUCCUGCUCUAUUUGAGUCAAACUAAGAUGCAGAGGGUGACAGAACAGCCUGUAUACAUUGCUGGUUUUCUUCAUUGUUGCAUUUUUGCACAGGGACUCAAUCUAAUGGACUGACUUUGAGAGUUUACACACACCGGGAAUGAGGAGUCGGUGUGGUACUUACAGGAUCGUGUCUCUAAGGGACAAAAGAGAGAUGAAAAACAAUAAGGGGUAGAAGACAGGUGUCUCAUCUGUGUUGGGUUAAGGCUGGAUAAAAAACUCAGGCGUUGUCAGAUUGACCCUUGAGUUGAGUCGGCUCUGCCCCCCCCACACACACUUUCCCUCCAAAGUGCGUUUGCCUCCGGUCUAAUUCCAUGCUGUGGGCUUGCAAUAAAUUGCUUAUUUAUUUAGGUGCCUGAGCGUGACAUUGUGGAAAAGUUGUUAUUGCGACAAUGUGAAGACAGAUUGGUUGGCCCACUUUGUGCUCUCCUCCAGAGGCGCCGUCUUCGCUGAAGGACACCGCCUCAAGUCCAGACUCGGCUCCCGUUACUUAGAAGGCAGUAAUUGUGGUGGUAGCAAAGGCCACGGGGUGACCUUAUGCUCUCCACACCCCUGCUGUGCUGUUGAUGUGUAUUUACAGGGACCAUUUAGGCUCUAAUUCGCACUCGGAGGCAGGCGUUGUUAUGGUCUGGUAGCAGCCUCCAGGAAUAAGGAUCAAUUAAAGGACUGAACUUCUUUUUUUGGUUUGUUUUUGCUGACGCGAUGUGAAUGUUGGUUGUGUGUCCAUGUGUUAACUUAUUCAGGUAUCGGAGUGUUUGGUUGUGCCGCUACUGUUCUCUUGAAAGUAGGUUUGUGUCCAUUACGUGGACAUUUUCAGUGUUAAAUCCACUAUUUGGUGCUUUGGAAAAACCAAUGACACCAAACAGCUGAAGUCAAGUCAUUUCUAGCACUUUUAGAGUUUUGAUAGCUCUACUUGUUGUUGUUAUUUAUUAGAAAUAGUAGAUCUAGUGCUGCUUUAUGUUGAGGACUUAGUCCUAAGGUUGAGAAACUUGACGUGUAAAGUGCUAAAUAAUUUCUAGCGCUGCUACUGAAUCUUAUUAACACCUUUUAGAAUUAGUUGAAAACCAACAGAGAGAGCUUUCGUUUCAUUUUUUAUAAUUAAAUGUUAAUGACCAGAGUCUGUCAAGUUUUAUUUAAUGAAGUAAUGAGACAUAAUUUAAUCAUAUUAAUAUUAAUAAUAAACACUGUCGUCAAGCAAGCAUCUGCGUUGUAAAACUGGAAUUAUUUGUAAAAAAAAUCUAGACCAUCAGAGAUGUUUGUUGCAUUUUCCGUAGUGUUUUAAUAAUUUAAGCUUCCUGUAUGGGGAAACUUUUUUACUUUUAUCGUAACAUCUUUUAUAUUUUGUCAGCAGACUUCCUGAUUUUUUUUUUGCUCCUGUCCUUCCUCUCUGCACUUAUAAUGCUUCUCUGACGUGACUUUAACCACUAACUCGCCCUCCUUCUUCAUGCAGCAUCCCUUGUAGUUCCAGCUCAGAGCUUUUUUAAUUCAUUGCUUGUCAUUUUUCCUGAAUUUUACGUUUUCCACAAAGCAAAACUGUCUGCAUCUUGUUGCCCUCCCAUCUCUUCAUCUCAGCCAUCUUUUCUUCGGCAAGGGCUCUCAGUUUUCUUGUAGACAGUUGCAGUGGAUGAAGCGAGCGCUGGAGGAAAUCCCUUCAACAUCACAGAAACAAAGAAAACUUCCCAGACCUGAGAGGGGAAACACUUCCUCUAGAGAACCAGUAAACCGGCGCACGAUCCCAAAAAGGAGCUUCGCCCUCCAGCGACACUUUCCGGAAACUGUCAGAGACUCUGCUUUGGUGACAUUUCUGACUCUCCUCUGGUUCUCAUAGGUCUUUUUUUUUUCCUUUUUAACCAUGUUUUGAACUGUGAAACUGCAUGUGAGUUGUACUAGCUCCUUUCCAAACUACCCCACAGUUUGACCCGCUCGAUGUUUGAAAAGUUGAAGGUUCAGUCGCUCACAGUCACCCUGCAGCUGAUGCAAGAUGAAGGAAGACUCCGUCAAAGAUGAAGGAAGAAGUCCGUUCGGUUUAUGUGGAUUUGGCAACUUUUUGCAGCACAUUUAUUCAGUCAUUUUAAACAACGUCACAUAUUUUUGCUAACCUGUGUUUGUGUCCAUUCCUCAGCCACAUGACAGGCAUUUUUUACGCUGUUUGUUGCACAUGACUUUUCAAAAAGCCUUCUGCACUGUGUAAAGAGAUGAUGCUCCUGGUGGGGAAGGAAAAUGGGGUGGGUGGGGGGCUGAUGAGAACAGUCCAAUGGUUUUCAAAUCGUGUAAAUAAUACGUUUUCAUACCGCAAAAAAAAACUUUUUUGAUAAUGUUUUAAAUGUUUCUGUAAAAAAAAAAAACUAAAAAAAAGCAACAACAAAUUGUACAUACAGUUCUGGUUAAAAAGGAGUGUAGACUAUAUAUGAAUUUAUUUGUACACAAGAGCACUGGGUUUCUUUACUACUUGAUUGUAACUAAAAAUUAAUAAUCUGCCAAAGUGUUUUUACUUUUUUUUUUUCCUGUUUGUACCGUUCUUUUUCUCAGUUUGAGUUUAGCUUAACAUCUCUGCGGACUCUAGCGUCCGCUCUGUAAUUCUAUUGCAUUUAAUUUUCUGCUUGUUUUUAAAGAGAGGGGGUAUUUUUAAUUUAUUGGUGCCUUGUUUUGUGCUCCUGUAUACUUUUAAACUUUCUGUUUCUCCGUGUUGUGUGUCUGUAAGAAGGGGGGGAAUUUGGGGUGGAGGGGUGGGGGGUACUAAAGGGGAGAUGGUGGUGUUAAAAAAAAAAAAAAACUUAGCAACUUCUGUACUUACAUGGAAUAUCUGUACUGUAUGCCAAAAUGGUCUCACUCACGUUUCUAUGAAAUCAAGUUGUUGAUAAAUAUCUCUAUAUAUUGAUAUAUUAAAUUUAUAAAAACUCUGCAACCUUUAA